CCGGCGGCAUCCGGUGGAUUUAUCUUCGAUUUUCCAUGUUUAAAGGGGACAUUGGAGAAUUAGCUAGCCGAUUACACGGAUCAAUUUCCGCAGGAAUCCAAUCAAAGUUAUUUUUACGGGAUAUAAGCCAUGAAAAUUCGAUUUGAAAAGGAAGCUUCGAUAAUAUGUCUUUGCGUCUUUUUGAAUGUGAUGAACGACCUGGUGACAGCAGAUGGGACAGAUUCAGGUCGUCUGCGUGAUGCCAGGCAGUCACUCGAGUAUGUGGAGAAUAUAAAACGUGGCGAUUGCUCAGGCGGAACGGACAGCAUCCUGACAGUCAACUUCGAUCACAACACGUGGAACAAAUACGCCAGGGUUGCUGUAAAAACUGCCAAUCUUCUCACAAAGAACUUGAUGGAAGGCAACGGAAGGUUCCAAAAUAUUACGCCUGAAGACUAUUUCUUUAAUUUGGUCCGUAACAACGUCGAUGGGGAAUCUUUGAUAUUUGGCUCCGCCAUCGCAGUCGAACCAUUUGUCUUUCCCGCAUACGAGAUUUACAGUCCAUACGCGCAUAGAAAUGGCAGCAAGGUGAACUCGUUUGACUUAAGCACCGGCUACAACUACCUGAGGAAUGACACUGAAUGGUAUCACACGUUACGUAUCAGGCCAUGGAACAACCUGACAGAAAUCUCCAUCAACACUUACAGACCAAGGUUGAACGCUUCCGAGGUUGGCCCUGUCAUCAUCUUGCAGCAGCCGAUAGCCAAGCUUGAACAUGGUCACUGGACAUACCCUUACUAUGACUGCGGAGGUGGGAACAUCUGGAUGGUGACGUACUCAUCACCAAUACUUGCAGCGAAUUUGAGUCUGGAGAAUCCCAUCUACUUUAGAGGCGUAGCAACCAUCGAUAUUGAGCUAACGAACAUCGACAUCAACCAAUGUGAUGCGAACAAUUCCAUCUCUUCCGAUACUGCCGAUGUCUUUAGAGGGACUCACGUCUGCAGGAAUACAACUUAUUGUUCGCCACUGACUGGCUUGGGCUUCCGGCGUGGGGCAUACGUAUGUAAAUGUAAAGAUGGCUUCUACUUCCCCUACGCAGAUCCAUCUAAGGCAUUCAAUGGCAGCGAUAUUGAAGAACUACUGUCGAGAAAUGGCUCAAACAUGGGGUUAGAAUGGUUCCAAUGUAAGAAGUGUUCCCUGGGAUGCGAUACGUGUGUUGACGACAGUCCCUGUCUUUUCGACCCCAACCACAUAAUCAGGAUCUCCCUGUUAUUGGUAACUGUGGCCAUGAUAAGUCUUAUCCUCUUCGCAUCGGUUGUCCUGUGGGCAUACCGAGAAGUCAGGGCUAUCAAAGCAGCCAGUCCAAUCUUCCUUUUCAUCAUGGCGGGAGGUGCGAUACUCAUGUGUACAGAGAUGUUCAUCGACUUCGUCGAGCCUUCCCCCACCAUUUGUUUAAUCCGUCCAUGGCCGAGAGAGUUGGGCUUUGCUCUCGCUUACGGGGCCUUAUUACUCAAGACAUGGAGAAUAUCUUCCAUUAUGAAAAUCCAGUCUGCCCGCAAGCUGCAGCUCUCGGACAAAGAGCUCCUCAAGCGGUUCAUCCCGAUUCUUCUCGUGCCCUGCGCGUACCUGGCUGCCUGGUCCGCCGCGGUACCCUUGACAAGAAGACUGGAACUUCGGAAGACUCCGCAGGAUCUCAAGUUUUAUAUCUGCGCCAUAGAUUGGUGGGAAUACUGUUGCUCCAUAGGUGAAGCUUGUUUUUUGCUCUGGGGUGUCUAUCUGAGUUACGUCAUCAGAAAGGCCCCUUCCCAUCUGAAUGAAAGCAAGUACAUAACGUGGAGUAUCUAUAACACAGUCCUGCUUGGAAACUUUCUCUUUGUCAUCAGAGUUCUGAUAGCAGUGUCGAGAGAUCCAGAUCUCAUGUAUGUGAUGAGCCUUAUCCGCCUUCAAGUUACUGUCACCAGCAUGAUGUGUCUGAUAUACAUUCCAAAGCUGUAUGCUCUGGUUGUGACACGUGGUGGGAAGGAAGACAACAUCCGUGGUGCCGGGACAAUAAACACAUCCAGACCUCAGACGGAGGUAAUGGUGGGAAUGCCAAUAGCAGACAUGAAAAAUGCAUCCGUGCAGACAGACGUCACCGGGCCAAUACAAACAGCUGAAGACAGAACUGCUUCAAUGAGCAACUCUUCACCAACGAUUAAACUGCGAGGGAUGAACAAAGUACAUCCGGUUUAAAACUCAGGAAUGAACCCGUCCAUUUGAAGCCAACGUGUUGUCUACCAAAUGGCCCCGAUGAUGACGUUCAUCGUGUGCGUGAAGGAACACCUCUUGAGAUGCAACAUAAAUGCAUUCUUUUCAACUUUAGCAUAGCAAAUGCGACUAAACAACUGUAAUCAAGUACAAUACAGAUGUAAACUAUAAACUCGGUUUUGUCUCGCCCUGUCUGACAGGGAAGACGUAUAUACAAUAUAUUUGUAAUUGAUACCGAACUCGAAGAGGUAUUAGGAGUUUUACCAAACGUGAGGUUGGAGCCAUCCUGACAAUAUUAUGCCAUUUCACGCGAUACAUACUUACUCCCUCAAUGGAACAUGCGUAAGGAGAAGUCGUGUUGUAGGCCCUGUUUGCAGGAGGAUUGGUUGGAGCUAAAACAAAUAUAAGGGCCAGAAACCGAGGCGGCAGCUGACACGGUUUUUGGGCGAAAUACGCCGUCCGGAGCGGUUUUCGGUGAAACUGAA